GUCCUCGUCCUCGCCGCGCUCGCGUCCAACGUCCAACCCUUUUUCAUCCGCGGUGUGCGCGCCGCGAAGGCGAACUCAGUUUAGCCAUGGGCGCCACGGUGCGCUGUGAGUUCUUCUUGUCGUGUGCCUUGUCCGUACCUGCCAGCGACGCGUUCUACGCGUACGCGUGAUCGCGCGCGCGACGGAACAUGUCCAGGAACGUUCUUCACGCGCCGUGUUCAAUCAGCGUCACUUGAUAUACGAACGGUGGGGCGAAAACGCGCGGGCGAUACGGUGAACGGGCGCGACGAAUUUCCUCUCGCAGGACGAUCGGUAACGUCGGCGCUCUUCCGUUACCCUUCCGAGCCAACACUUGAUACACUUCGCAGCCGCAAAAGUUUUUUUACCCGGAGCCUGCUGCCUUUUGCUACGAUCUCCUCGUCACGUCGGUGCGCCCCGAACCGAAGCCUUCUAGAUUCAUGGCGCAUGAAUUCUCUCUUUCUUUCUCUCUCCCCGCGCGAUGAAUCACGUCCGUACCUUCCUCGCCGUUCCGCCGUGAUUCACGUUCAUUUCCCUUUCUUCCUCUGUCUCUCUUUCUCUCUCUCCCUUCUCCCGGAUUUAUGGCAAAUGGAUAUAAAGGAAAUUGCUUUAACGUGUAACGAUUCGGGGCGCACGUGUGUGUAGCGCGCGAUCCCGUCGUCCUUGAUCGUCCUCCGAAUAAGAGAGGCCUCCCGUUCCUCCUGCGGCGGUAUCAGGACGUGGUCUCUCGCGCCGAAUGAUCGUCCGAAAUUCGCGUGUGAUCUGUGUGAUCUUGGUAAACAAACAAAGAACACGAGAGGGGGAAAGAGGUGCAUUGGAUAUCACUGGAUCUCGAGCGGCUGUUCCCGUCAAUUUUCGGCAUCCCGUUUUCCUUCCCGGAUUGACAGUUUCCGCGUCCGACGUUACCGCCUCGUCCGCAUCAGCUGACUUUUGGUCUGCACAGAUACCAUGGGUCGUUACACGGGGAAAAAAUGUCGUCUCUUGACAAUGUUAUGGCUGACAGCUUUAUUUUUCUUAGUCGAAAUCGUAGUCGGUUACGUCACCAACUCGAUGGCUUUAAUAGCAGAUAGUUUUCACAUGUUAUCAGAUGUGGCCGCUUUGGUGGUGGCAUUUCUCUCGGUGAAGAUGUCACCGAAGAAAUGGUCCAAAAAUACCUUUGGCUGGGCCAGAGCCGAAGUGUUGGGAGCCUUGGUAAACGCCGUGUUCCUGGUCGCUUUAUGUUUUAGUAUUACCGUGGAGGCGUGUAAGAGAUUUAUCGAGGUAGAGGAAAUACACGAACCCAAACUACUCGUCGGAGUUGGAGCACUCGGCUUGCUGGUGAACUUGAUAGGUUUAUGUUUGUUCCAUGAACAUGGGAAUGCUCAUGGUCACUCACAUGGUAUAUCUCGAAGUCAUAAUAGACUAAGCACCUUGGUGGGCACAGACGACAAUGAAAACGACGAAGCUUAUAGACCUUCGACACCCCAAGUAAAACGAGCGCAUGGCCAUUCGCACGAUGCAAGUCAGAUGAACAUGCGAGGAGUAUUUCUUCACGUACUUUCUGACGCGUUGGGCUCUGUCAUCGUAAUUGCGUCUGCCCUAAUCGUGUGGCUGACAAAGUGGAAGUACAGAUUCUACAUUGAUCCUGCAUUAUCGCUUUUAUUGGUCAUUCUUAUCCUGCGUUCCGUGUGGCCGUUACUUCAAGAAUCAGCUUUAAUUCUAUUGCAGACUGUGCCAACACACAUUCAGGUCGAUGCUAUACAGCAACGUUUAUUAGAGAAUGUGGACGGUGUAUUAGCUGUACAUGAGUUUCAUGUAUGGCAAUUGGCGGGUGAUCGUAUUAUAGCUAGUGCGCAUAUAAGAUGUAGAAAUCUUUCGGAAUAUAUGAAAAUUGCCGAACAAGUUAAAGAAUUUUUCCAUAACGAGGGUAUACACUCGACGACUAUUCAACCAGAAUUUAUUGAUUAUCAUUCGAAUAGCGAAAUUAAAGAGACUCCCACGGAAGAUUGCGUGUUGGAUUGUCCAAAGACUGAUAACCCGUGCAAUCAUGCAACGUGCUGUGGUCCUUCCAAACAAGGUCGUGAGACUCCUUCACCUGGAGAGACGCCAUACAUGUGCAGACAGCGUAAUAGCCUGGCGCGUUCGACCGGCUCUAUAGGAGGAACAGAGCAACAAGAAGUGAAUGAAAUGGAACGCGGACACUUGUUAUCACUGCCCGCUUUGCAUCCAACAGCGUUCCACUCCGUCCAAGUUCCCCACACUCACGUUAAUGCACCAACUGUCUGAGCUCUCAUUGCAUUAUCGAAUAUCUACCUCCAUAGUAAAAUACGCGAGAUGCGUCACGAUUUAUUGUACGAGUACAAUAAAUGUGUACCUACAUAGAAUUCAUUAAUAUCACAGUUGAUGGCAGUGGUGGGAUGAUAUUAGGCAAUUGCAUAUAGUAAUUAAUAAAUUAAUACAUUCACAAGAUCACAUGUGAAUUAAAAUUAUUAUUAAUAAAUUUCUCUUCUUCCUGACAUAAUUUGACGAAUAAUCUAUCAGUUUCUUAUCUUUGCCAUCAAUUUACUUAGAGUAAAUAAUUAAGAUACUUGAUAAUUAAAACCCAAAGGCAUAUUAAUACCAAAUAUAUUACGUUACAUAAUGCUCUAUACGCUCUAUAUGCUCUGAUAUAAAUAAUAAAAUGCUAAAUUUUUACUAUAAAUUUCUUAGAAAAUAUUUCAAAAUUAGAGGACUUUGCGACUGUUUGAUGCAUAAUGUAUCAUAUAAGAUAUAUAUAGUCUAAGUUAGGUAUUUUUUAAAUCUCACUUGUACAUUGACGCUGGGGUUUUAUAAAAACUCACUUUGCGAAGUUCUUUAUUUAUAUGUAAUUUUUAUUAUGUUGAUUUUAAUACGUAAUUUUGUAAGAUAGGACGCAAAUCUGUAAGCAAGAGUACCAAAUCUCUUCGUUAUAUCUAUAUUCUUUCCUCCAUAUAAUUCUUAAAUGUUAAGUCUGUAUAUUUUUUAUGUAUUUCUUAUAGAUUUAAACAAUUACAAAAGAAAACUGCAAAA